AUGAUUCGCCACAUUCGAAGCACCUGUGAUUUACCUUCAGUAACUGACAAACCAACAGUCAUGUAUGAAGACAAUAUUGCUUGUAUUGCUCAGAUUAAAGAAGGAUUCAUCAAAGGUGACAAGACUAAGCAUAUCGCACCAAAGUUCUUUCACACUCAUGAGCUUCAAAAGAAUCAAGAAAUUGCAGUGAAGCAAAUUAGAUCCGACGAAAACUUGGCUGAUUUAUUCACCAAAUCUCUACCUAAGUGCACUUUCCAGAAGUUAGUGGAAAGGAUCGGAUUGAGACGACUCUCGAAGCUAUCAAGCGACGCAUGCAAAGAUCAGGGGGAGAUUGCAAUUAGGGGGAGCAUCAAGAAAUAUGCUACCUAG